UCUCUCUCUCUCUCUCUCUCUCUCUCUCUGUGAACAUGAUACCCACUCAAGCUCAUGGCAUUUUAUUUUUUCCACACCCGUAUUCCGACAAAGUCCUCCUCCUGCGCUACGACUGGAAGGUAAUGUCCCCAUCUUGCUCUAAGAUUGGCUAGAAGUUUCUUUAUCCUGCGACAGGAUUGGCUAGUAGUUUCCCUCUUACGGCUUUAGGAUUGGUCAGUAGUUUAUUAUCAUAAGCAGCGCCUUGAUUGGCUACUUCAUGCACACGAACUACCAGCCAAUCCUGGCGACGGAGGCGGGGCUUGUCAGAAUACGGGUGGAAAAAACCCUACUCCACACACGACUGUCUGUCCCAGUGGAAGAGCCCAACCUCCCUGCAAGUCAGAAAACUUUGCCCUGCAGGGGGAAAGAAAAAAAGAGAGAGAGAACCCGUGCAUAGCCGAGACAUUUAGUGGAAGUCGAGGAACUUUAAAGUCACCCCGGUUGUUGGCCCACAGCGCGGGGAAGCUGAGGGGCAGGCCGGAAAAAAGCGUGAAGGAUGUGGGUCUGGUACCUCCUGCUCGGUUCGGGGACGGGCUCCAGCUCGGUCGACAGCCAGCUUCUUCCUGGGAAUAACUUUACCACUGAGUGUAACAUCCCGGGAAACUUCAUGUGUGGGGAUGGACUGUGUAUCCCUGGGAGCUGGCAGUGUGACGGUUUUCCAGACUGCUUCGAUAAGAGUGACGAGAAGGGUUGUCCGAGGGUAAAGUCCAAGUGCGCGCCCACGUUCUUCGCCUGCGCCAAUGGAGUCCACUGCAUCAUCGGCCGUUUCCGCUGCAAUGGCUUCCGGGAUUGCCCUGACGGCAGCGAUGAAGACAACUGCACUGGUAAUCCUCUGGUGUGUUCCUCUGCACGGUUUCACUGUCGGAACGGACGCUGUGUGGACCGCAGUUUCCUCUGUAAUGGUCAGGACAACUGCCAAGACAACAGCGAUGAAGAAAACUGCCUUUCAACAGCAGAGUCUCCAGGUCAGGACUUCGUAACGCUGGACUACCGGCUGCGCUACUACCCCAGCAUCACCUACGCCGUGAUAGGCAGCGCAGUCAUCUUUGUCCUGGUAGUAGCGCUCUUGGCCUUGGUUCUGCACCACCAGCGGAAGCGCAGUGUUCUGUUGCCCCGUGGUGUCCGAGGGGGUCCCCACCACCAUCACCACCACCAGCCCCUGCUGCUGUCCAGGCUGGUUAUUGUGGACAGGGGUCACGUCCACACGGCUGGCGCUGGCCUCUCACCUCCAUCCUCCUCUCCAUCGGGACAGUUCAGCUCAGCACACAGCCUGCAGCUGCUCUCCAGCGCCCUCUACCCCAGAGGAGCUCCACUAGACUCCCCUCCUUCAUACUCGCAGGCUGUGCUGGACGUCAGUCGACCUCCGUGGUUUGACCUCCCGCCUCCCCCGUACCCUCCUGAUGGUGAAGCUCCAUGUGAGAGAGAGCCGCCAGUUUAUGAAGCUUCUACAGAAGAGCCCAGGUCAUCCCAGGCCCGGAGUGUCACCCCCAGCCUCAGAGCUGAGGCAGGACAACCCCGUAGCAGCAGCUCCGGCUCCAGCUCCAUGGAAGAGCCUCAGCAGCUGUAGCCCUCAAAUGAGGACACACUUGUACAUAGGACUAAGAACCAUGUAGGGGACUGACCCUAUGGAAAGCUAUACGAGACCAACACGUCUUGUAGUUUAGGAAUGAUGAGUACAGUGGACUCGCAAAUGGACUUGCUUCAGUUAUGGAACAUAAAAGGAUGCUCCAAGCACUUGGACCAACAGUUUAAAAGCAGUUUCUUGUGUCAGUGCUGGUGGAAGUCGCCAUCUUCUGGUGAACAUGAAACAUGACAACUCAUGAGUUUACAUGGGGGAUGAGAAACUGUGAGGAUGCACUGGGUGCAGAGCUCAUGACUAACAAUGAGUGAAGAGAAGGCUUCUUCAGGCCUCUGACACAUACCCUUGAGAAGGGUACUUUAUAAGACUUUUAGACGCUGCAUCAGAAUGACGCAGAUAGCAAACAAUAGUGAAUUCACCUCAGAAUAGCUGUCUGAGUCAUGGACAGUAUUCUAUUCCUAUUAGUUUCUUUUGAUUUGUUUUGUUUUUUUUACCCCACACUUUUGAACACUCCUAAAAUCACUAUGCAAUGUGAAUUGUGUAUGAUUGAUGUUAAACAUAUAUUAAGAAAAGAAGAGCCUUAGGGGAAGCAUGAUAUAGUGUACUUGUACAUGUAAAAAGCAUCUAAGAGAGAUGACCUACCCUAUUCCCAUCAUUGAAGCACUUGUUAAAUGACCCUAUUAAUGUUUAAUUCAGCCUUUUUUAAUAGCAAACUCCAUAAAGAGUGAGCUCAGUCUGAACCACUGCUUUAUCGUGGCCUUGUUUCUGAAGACUGGAAUGAUCUUAUACUAUAAUGUUAUUAUAGUACUACAGAAUUUCUUACUUUUUUCAAAAUUUGUCUGCAGUGAAAGCUGUUUUCUGAUCAUUUGUCUCAGCAAAUAUCAUUGAAUUUGAUCUGUUGUACUAAACCUCAUUUAUAUCACCACUCUCAUUAACCGACUGCAUGCUGUAGGAAUAGAUAUUUGGGGCAUGCUGUAUUUAACGGUCAGUAGUUAAAGCCAUCGUGCCUUACACUCAAAAGCCUUUGGAUUUGUAGAAAGAAAUUUUAGUCAUUAACUAAACAUAAUUCUAACACACUUAACUCAUCAUCCUUGUCUUGUAAAGUCACUGGUCACUGCUUUUUUGUAUUUGACAAUCAGUGUAGCUGGUUCAGUAUUCAUGUGACAGUUUCUAAUACAAAUUUACAUUGUGUAAUAAGUUUAUACAAAUUUUCUACCAAAUUAGUCUACUAUCAGAGAAAUGACUGUCUCUCUAAAGUAGCUGUAAGAAGCGUACAUAUGAUAUCUAACGUGUCUGUAAGAUGUCAUAGAACAAUAGUCCACUUUUACAGCGGUCAGACUUAAAUGCAUUUCACUACUUUGUUCAAGCUUUGAGGUAAAGAUGUGACUCCUCUGUUAAACCGAACUACUAUUUUUAAAUAUGACUUGUCAAAGAUUAUUUUUUUUAUUAUUUUAAACAGCUUGUGUGAAGGAUCAAGACUUGUUUAAUGCUAUCAUCCUAUUUCUGUCCUUUUUUUCUCUGACUUGAAGGUUUCUCAAAACAAUAUGCUGAUGUGGGAGGUGGAUGAAGUGGUGUGUAUUUAAAAAAAAAUCUUGAACAUAAAUAUUGUGAAUAAUAUGUUAAACUGGAAAACAUGUAAAUGAAAAGUAUUACUUUAUUACUUAUGUCUUUCUCUUGACACCUGGCCGGCAAAAAGUGCUCCAAUGAGAAAUUUCCUGUUACAUUAGAAACGUAGAAAUGAAAUUUUACCAAAGCAGAAAUCAUAUUGUUAUAAGUUUCAAAAUAAAAACUACAGCUCAAGUUAUCACUG